UGUAAAAGGUCAGUCUGCCUCCGACCGCCGGGCUGUUGGGACGUUGUUGGCAGAGUCCCGUCCGUCAUUUAACGCGGCUCAACACAAACGUUCGUUGGGUCCCGAUCGAGUUCCGCCAUUACAAAUUGUGAUGACCAUCUCUGCCGUUUAGUGUGCGGUGUAUUUAUUUGUUUCUACUCGUCUUUAAAAUUCAAAAGAAAAAUGGGAUUGUUGACAAUGUCGAACCACUUGAUGGUGGCGUUAAUCGCGUUUGUGAUGAUGGUGGACUUGGUUAACGCGGAAACCCGAUGCCCGGCCAGGUGUCUCUGUUUCCGUUCAACCGUUCGGUGCAUGUUCCUCCAAUUGGACCAAGUGCCGGCAGUGCCGGCCAACACCACAAUCCUGGAUUUACGUUUCAACCGAAUCAGGGACAUCGGACCCAACACGUUCCGUGACAUGAAGCAACUAAACACGCUGCUGUUGAACAACAAUCACAUCAAUCAACUUCAAAAAGGCGUUUUCAACGGCCUCAAAGAGCUCAGAUACCUGUACCUCUACAAGAAUCGAAUCAAGGAUAUCGACAAGCAUACGUUUCACGAUUUGCCAAAGCUCGAACAGCUGUAUCUCCACUUCAACCAAAUUGACCACCUUGACCCGGAGACCUUCUCUAAUGUUCCGUCUCUCGAACGACUAUUUCUGCAUAACAACAAACUGCAGCGCAUACCCAGCGGUGCUUUCCACAACAUGGAGUCGCUCAAGAGGCUGCGAUUGGAUAGCAACGCGCUCAUUUGCGACUGUCAAAUUUUGUGGCUGGCCAAAAUGCUCAACGAGAAACAGGGAACAACUCAAGCGGCCGCCAUCUGCCAAUCACCCGAUCAGCUCAACGGCCGUUCCGUGACUUCCCUCAUCGAAGAAUUCAAUUGCAAAAAGCCCGUCCUAACCGAAGAGCCCACCGACGUUGAAAUCACCUUUGGUGGGACGGUUUAUUUCACCUGUAAAGCAGAAGGCGAUCCCGAACCCGAUAUCGUUUGGCUCUACAACAAUAACGAAAUCAGCCCCGAUGACGACCCCAAGUAUCAGGUGUUGCAAGAUGGAACGCUGAUGAUCGAAAACGCAUCGGACAGCGAUAUGGGCUCGUACGAAUGCAUGGCAAAAAGCCCAGCUGGCGAAGUGAAAUCACGUUCCGUUCACAUGAAACCGAUUUUGGCCAACAGCCACAGCAACCACAAUUUCCACACGUACGCACAGUGAAAACCGAAAUUUGUCGUGACACCUGAGGAUGUUGACGUUCAAGACGGCUCGUCUGCACGACUUGAUUGCGAAGUCACUGGUUUACCGAGACCGGCCAUCACCUGGACGUUCAAUGACGGACCGGUUGAUCGCCAAAGAACAGGUGGCCCCGUGUUUAGUGACUGGCCACGUGAUCAAACGACCUUCGAAGAGGCCACUGUCGAGAUGGGCUGCUCGGCGGAUGGCUAUCCAUCGCCAGGACUCGUUUGGACAAAAGAUGGCGCACCUUUAAUGCCAGACGCUCGCACGGCCAUCGGACUCGUUCGCAUCCGCAUCGAGCGUGUCCAGUUAAGCGAUCAGGGACGUUAUCGAUGCACAGUAUCCAAUCAGGUGGCCACAUUAGAAGCUGAAGCUCUUCUGACUGUCAUUCCGUCCGUCAGACCCACUACUAGUCCGCCCAGGCCGGCCGCCGUUGUACCACAAUCGUCGUCCAGCCAAUCGACCAAUCGCCGAGCGCCGUUCUUCAUCCGCACGCCCGAAUCCAUCGAAGUGCUGACGGGCAAUUCGGCCGAGUUGCUUUGCUCUGCCGAUGGUGAUCCAGCACCAACCAUCGUUUGGCGUAAAGACGGCCAAAAUAUGCGCCAAUCGGCUCACGUCACUCCGAUGGGCAACGGAAGUCUCGUCUUCCGGCAAGUGCAACUCAGCGAUGAAGGCACUUACGAAUGCACGGCCUUGAAUGAGAUGGGUGUGGUGGUUGCGCGCGCACGAAUGAGAGUCAGAGAACGCCGCUCGGUGAGUAAUCGUUUGGUCCUGUCGGCCGUGGAAGAAGCUCGCCGAGCUGUCGAUCGGGCCGUCAAUGAAACAAUUGCCGCUUUGUUUAAUCGCGAUCGUUCAUCUCGGCUGACUCACAACGAACUCAUCCGUCUCAAUCGAUUCCCGACGGCCACAGCUCGUGAAUUAGCCCGGCCGCCCGAAGUCUACGAACGCGCAUUGGCCGUUGUCCGCCGCCACAUUGAAAGCGGCCAUCAAUUCAACGUCACACGUGAAUUCUCUUACGAAGACGCACUGAGUCCCCAGCAGCUGGACCUCAUCGCUAACGCGUCCGGCUGUUUGACGCACAGAAGAAAACCGGAUUGCAAUGACAUGUGUUUCCAUUCGAAAUAUCGGACAUUCGACGGGACGUGCAACAACUUCCAGCAGCCGCUUUGGGGCUCUUCUCUCACCGGUUUCCGGCGUCUGCUCAAACCGAUUUACGAGAACGGAUUCAAUUUGCCCGUCGGCUGGAGCCGCAGCACCAAUUACAAAGGCUUUACGAAACCUAGCGCCCGGCUAAUUUCCACGCGGGUCGUUACCACCACGCAAACAACAUCGGAUGAAAUUUACACGCACAUGUUGAUGCAAUGGGGACAAUUCCUGGAUCACGAUCUCGAUUUGGCUGUGCCCGGAAUGGCUUCCGAGAGUUUCGGCGAGUUUGUCGAUUGCCGGACGUCUUGUGAUUAUUCAGCGCCGUGUUUCCCGAUCGAAGUGCCGCCAAAUGAUCCGAGGAUCCGCCAUCAUCGGUGCAUGGAAUUCGUGCGCAACAGCGCCGUUUGCGGCUCGGGCGCAACGUCGGUCCUUUUGAACACCAUGUUACCCCGAGAACAGAUCAAUCAACUGACAUCUUACAUCGAUGCAUCUCAGGUCUACGGCUCGACUGACAGAGAGGCUCGUGAAUUGAGGGAAGUGCACGGAAACAAUGGCCAUUUAAGACGAGGUUUAUUGACAGAAACAGGGGGUCCAUUGUUACCCUUCGCCACACCCAAUACUCCGGUUGAUUGUAAACGAGACAGAGAAGAAAGUGAAAUCGGAUGUUUUCUGGCUGGAGACGUUCGUGCAAAUGAACAGACUGGAUUGUUAGCCAUGCACACGCUCUGGUUUAGAGAGCACAACCGCGUUGCGGAUGAACUGCGGGUAAUCAAUCCGCAUUGGGAUGGCGAUAUGCUCUACCACGAAUCCCGCAAAAUCAUCGGUGCCAUUAUGCAACACAUCACGUACGAGCAUUGGUUACCGCUCAUCAUCGGUCACGAAGGGAUGAUUUCAAUGGGUCAUUACAAAGAAUACAAUCCGCAAACGGACGCUACCAUUUCCAACGUUUUUGCUACGGCCGCUCUCCGGAUGGGACACGGUCUCAUCCAGCCCGUUCUCCAGCGACUCAACGCCAGUUUCUUGCCUAUUCCGCAAGGUCAUUUGCUACUUCAGGACGCCUUUUUCGCCCCCUGGAGGCUGGUGGAACAAGGUGGAGUCGAUCCUAUCCUUCGAGGGCUUUUUGCCGGACCCGCCAAAGUUCGUUUAUCUGAUCAAUUACUCAAUGCCAAUUUAACGGAGUCGCUGUUCCGUCCUGCUCAUCUCAUAUCUCAAGAUUUGGCCGCCUUAAAUAUCCAGCGAGGUCGUGACCACGCCUUGCCCGGCUACAAUGACUGGCGUCGCUAUUGUAAACUGCCAGAGGCCGAAACGUUUGACGAUCUUCAAUCGGAAAUUCAUAGUCAAGCGUUGAGGGAUAAAUUGCAACAACUCUACGGCCAUCCCAGUAACAUUGAUAUUUGGGUGGGUGGUAUGGCUGAGGAUCCAGUUCAGGGCGCUAAGGUGGGACCGACCUUCCGGUGUCUGCUGGUCGAACAAUUCCGACGUUUGAGAGAUGGUGACAGAUUCUGGUAUGAAAAUCCGGGUGUUUUUAAGCCGGAACAGCUGACUCAGAUCAAGCAAUCGACGUUGGCUAGAGUCAUUUGCGAUAGCAGUGACGACAUCCUCGAAGUCACGAAAAAUGUUUUCAAAAUGCCAAACCUUCAAUCGCCAUCUUUCGUCACCUGCAACGAAAUACCUAAAGUUGAUUUGAGAUUCUGGGCCGAGUGUUGCCAUGAAUGCAGCAAUGCUGGCCAAUUCAAUUCCAUUACGCGCCGGACAAGACGAUCUCUCGAUCACUCGUAUCCGGAAGAUAAACCUGCUUACGGAGAAGCGUCUGUUUUAUCUAUUACGUCUUCAACAUCGGAUAGUUUUUACAACAAUUCGAUCCCCGGCGAUGAAGAGCCCGUUUCUUCUCGCAAACGAGUUGAUCCUCAAGUGUUCCGUCAACAGGCUCAACAGUCAGAGCAACAGGACGAACGAAUCGAAGGAUUAGAAGCCAUGAUGGCUAAAAUGCAGCGGACUCUUAAAAAAAUGGCCCGAAAGUUGAAAUACGUGGAGAGCAUUUGCCUCGAGAAACCGAUCAAGAAGAAACAUGAAACGAAACAUUCACAAACGAAUUGUUUGGACAGCGAUGGCGUGUCGUGGAAAAAUGGAGAAUCGUGGGAUAAGGACACCUGCACCGAAUGCAACUGCCUGGGAGGAUUUAUUCGAUGCACGACACUGCAAUGCCCCGUUUGCGAGAAUCCCCGUCAAGUGGAAGGUGAAUGUUGUCCGUUAUGCGACGUCGAGUGAUGAUGAUCGUCUUUUUUUUUUAUGUCCGGAAGGCUCUCUGGUGUGACUCGCAUUUUUAACGUGAAACACGUUUUGUUUUGUUUGUUUUAUUUUGUAUACUAAGCGAGAGAAAAAUGUGUGCGACGUUCCAGUGAUUUUCUACUUAAAAAAAAACAGUCGCAAAUCGAAAAGAAAUUUCACAGUUUGAUGUAACGAUGAAAGGGAAUUCAUCGUUUUCAUAGCCAAAAGUCUUUUAGUUUUUCAACUAACCUUUCAUGCCAACUCUUCUAAAUCUUUGUUUUGCCGUUUAAUACUUAUAUAAAUAGGAAGGGCUGUUUGUUUUUUUGAUAUUCCACAUCAUGUUUCUUGUCAAAUGCAAGUCGGACCGGCCCUUCCUGGUUAUUUCAUCGCUUCUUGCCAGUUGCCACUCCAGUAGCGUAUAGCAGAUUGGACGCUCAACCCAUUGUUUAUUAUUAUUCCGAUAGCUGGUAAUGACAAGGUGUUCACUUUAUUUGGCAGUGACUGGCGUCUGGUUUUGAUCAAUAAACAUUUGGCUCAUUUCA